AUGGCAACUGAAGUUGAUGUACCAGAAUCCGCACUCAUAAUGGAAAAAGAAGAGGUAGAUAAAGCAUGUAGCAAUGGAACAUCUCGCAUAAAAAUAGACGAAUGUCCACCUGCAGAAAAGCAGCACGAGAAGUCCCUUCCUGACAAAUCUCAGGAAAGCAUAGAUGGUUUUAAAGGGGGUCAUGUAUCCAUUGAUAAUGAAAAGAAUAAUGAAGAAGAACUGAAGGAUUCACAUGACACGAGUCUGAGCACUGAAGGACAGUAUUCGAAGGAGGACUCCUCCCCAGCAGCAGAUACAAAGAUUGAUCCUGAAAAGCAUUACUCAAGUGUUACUGUGGGGGAUGAGAUAACAGAAAGCCAAACAAUUUCUGAUUCGACUGAAAAUGCCUUCACGGAAAGCCAUGGUACCCUGGUGGUAGCUGAACCAAAAAGCGACACUAUAUCAAAGGAUUAUGACUCUGCAAACAUCGGAACACUUAAAGAUGAUUCAGGAACCACAACUGAGGAGAGUCAAGAACCAAGUUUGGAAAUGAAACAACCAUCGAAUGAAUAUGAUAUUUCAGCUAUGGACAAUGUACGAUCUUCCAGCAAUGACCGACAAAGCAGUUCCAGUGAGAAGCCAGAAUCAAUUGGACAAGUUAAUGAUACAGAAAACAAUUCCUUGGAAGAAGUUGUUGAAGCCAUUAUCAGUGAGACUGCAGCAGAUAAUGCUGAGGAAGUCCCAGAACUCUGCAAUCAAUCAACAGCGGAACCAGAAGACAACUACACAGUGAAUCUUCCUGUUGAAAAGGCACUUGAAAUGUCAAACCACAGAGAUUCCUUGCAUGCUAGCGUGCCACUCGAAGUAGUAGCUUCAGGAGAAGAUUCUCCGACAUUAGUUUCAAUCCAAGAGGAGAGACCAAAGAGUGUUCACGAGGAGGUUUUGGAAGCGCAGAGAACAAAUGACGAUAAGAAUACCGUUGAAGAAGUGAAGGAUGAAGAGAAAGAGAUGCCAACUCAAAAUCUUGAAAGAGGCCCAGUUGAGACAGAUAGUGCCUAUACUGCGGUCCAUGAUCAACAAAAUAGAGAAGCGUGCCUACACGAGGCAAGCGAGGGUGGUAACUCGUCUCCUGAAGAGUUCAACCAGGCUGUAAGCAUGUCCAAUUUGACGCUUGAGGAGGAGCACCAUGGAAGUGCUGAAAAUGCCGAGAAAGACACAAAACCAGAAUCGAUUGAAUUUGAAGGGGAUGGUUCUCUUCAGAAACUUCAAAUCAGUGCUCAAGCAAAUGAGUCUUCUGAGGAGCAAGCAAACAACUUUGAGCCUCCUCAUGCUGAAAACAUUCAAGCUGUAAAUUCAACCGAAAAUCAAGAAGGAGUUGUUCUGCCGGCUGCAAAAGAUGAAGUUUGGGAAAAAGAAACAGAUGCUCCCAUGCCAAAGGAAUCAGAAGACGUGAAGGAAGAAAGUGACGGACUUGCAUAUCCAACCAAUUCCGUCUCCGAAGCAUCAGAACAACAUGUUGAUGAUGAGUCACUUGGCACAGCAAACAAAUGUUUGCUUGAGAAACCUCAAGAAACACUAACAGGAAAAAGUGCUGGCUUCAGCAGUGAGGAAGUAGAUCACGAGAAGGAUGUUCCUGAACUAGAAUUGCAUGAGAAGACCGAACCUGAAAAAGAGAGCAUCAUUAUUCUAGCUGACAAUGGAGCUGCAGAAAAAGCCGAGACUAGUGCAGAAAAUGAGUUACAGGAUGACGGUGCAGAUAUGCUUGUGGUUUAUGAGGAAAUACAAAGCGUCGAAAUCCAUAAUGCAGAUGAAACUGUAGAAGGCAGCGUCGAAAUCCAUAAUGCAGAUGGAACUGUAGAAGGCAGCAGCAAUGAAAUUACUGAUGAAGCAGUUAUAGAAACUGAUGUUGCCGAUGCUUCUUUGGCAGCAGCAGCAGCAGCAUCAGGGGAUUCGCUGGAGAAAAAGCCCUCUAUGGAGAUUCUUAGCCAGGAGGAAACUGUGCAGUUAACUGAAAGUGAAAAUGAAGGCACAUAUACUGAUCAACAUAUUGUAUAUGAGACACCAGAUGCUUCUCUUGCAACCACUAUAGAUGAAACAGUAUUGCAAAAUCAAGAAAGUAAGACUUCAGACUUUGAUGGUGGCAGAGGUGGUUCAACCAAAGAAGUAGAGGAGGAUUAUAAUGCUACAGAACGAAUGGACUCAGAGUCCAAAGGCAGUCUCUCUAUGAUUAGUGACCCUCUGGAAGAAAUAUUUGAGAAAAGUGAGGAACCUGCCUUGGAAGAGACAAAAGAAGAUGGGAAAAAUGUUAAGCCAGAGAUCACAAGAACUGAUGGUGAAUAUGUGGCUGCGCCUCAGUCAUUGGAACUAGAGAACCAAACAAAUACGACAGAUGACAAAUAUACAGAAGCAUCUGACCGACCAUCAAGUUCUCCUGACUUCAGCAAAGAGGCAAAAAUAACGGACGAGGAGCAUGCAACUGACGAAAAAGAUGCAAGCACUCCCAUCAUGGAAUCAAGCCAAGAAGCCUCUAUUACAAGCGAUGACUUUUCUAGCAAUGACAAUCAUAGCCACUCCUGUGAGGAUUCAGAAUCUAUCAGACAAGUUUCUGAGAAUAAAUCUUCGGAAGAAGUUGAGGUCAGUGUCAGCGAGACUGUGUUAGAUAAGGCAGAGAAAAUCCCAGAACUCGGAUGCAAUCAAUCAACAGUGGAACCAGCAGUCAUUCACUCAGAGAAUCUUCUGGAUGAAAAAGCACUUGAUCCGUUGCAUGCUACCGUGCCACAUGAGGUAGCAGCUUCAGGAGAAGAUUCUCCAUCACCAAUUUCCAUUCAAGAGCAACCAAAGAGUGUUCAAGAGGAGAUUUUGGACGCUCAACCAACAAGUGACAAUGAGAAUAUCAUUGAAGAAGUGGAGGAAGAAAAGAUGCGAACACAACAUGUUGAAAGCAGCACGGUUGAGACCAAUAGUGAUUAUGGCGUGGACCAUAUUCAAAACAACAUAGAUGAGUUGAUCAACCAGGCGGCCAAGGAUGUCAAGUCAUCAUCAGAAGAGUUCAACCAGGACAUAAUCCCAUCUAAUUUGACACUUGAGGAGCACCUUGGAAAUCCCGAAAAUGCUGAGGAAGACUCAAAACCAGAACCAACUAAAGAAGAUGAUGAGUUUCUUCAGGAAGUUCAAAUCACAGCUCAAGCAAAGGAGUCGUCUGAGAAGGCAAACAACUUAGAGGCGCUUGAUGUCGAGGACAUUUGCCAUGUGAAUUCAAACAAAAUUCUGGAAGCAGUUAUUCCUCAGACUGAAGAAGAAGUUUGGGAGAAAAAGGAAGUUCCCAUGCCAAAGGAAAUAGAAGAAACAAAGGAAGCAGGUGAGGAACUAGCACAUCGCACCACUUUGGUCUCCGAAGCAUCAGAAGAGCGUGUGGAUGAUGAGUCCCUCGACACAUCAGAAAUAAAUUUGCACAAGAAACCUGAAGAAACUGUAGAAAGAACAAGUACUGGCUUUAGCAGCGAGCAAGCAGAUCACGUGAAGUCUAUUUCUGAACUAGAAUCGCAAAGUCAAACUGAACCAGGCAAAGAGAGCAUUACUGGUCCAGCUGAAAACAGAGCUGCAGAAAAAGCAGAGACUUGCGCAGAAAUUGAUUCACCGGACCACAGCGCAAAUGUGCUUGUGGAUUCAGGGGAAAUACAAAGUGUUGAAUACCAUGAUGCAGAUAAAAAUGUAGUAGGCAGCAGGAAUGAAACUAGCAACGUUGAUCCAGAAUGUGAAAGCGUUGAACCAGUCGUAGAGACUAAUGUUGCUGAUGCUUCAACAGCAGCAGCUGGGGGUAUGCUGGAGGAGAUGCCUCCUGUGGUGAUUCCCAACCAAGAACAAACAGUGGAGGUGAUUGAAAGAGAAAAUGAUGGCAAAAAUAUUGAUGAAAGUAUUGUGUAUGACACAUCAGAUGCCUCUUAUGCCACCAUUGUCAAUGAGACAUUAUUGCAAAUUGAAGAAACCAAGAUUUCAGACUCAGAUGACAGUGGUGGCCCAACCAAUGUAAUGGGGGAGGAAGAUAACGGUACAGAAGUAAUGGAAUCUGAGUCCAACAGAUGUCUCUCUGCAACUGAUCCUUCAGAUGAAAAUUUUCAUAAAACCAAGGAACCUACAAUGGAAGUGAAAAGAGAAGACGGAGAAAAUGUUAAACCAGAGGACACAAGUACAAAUGGUGAGCAGCUGGCUGUAUAUCAGUCAGUGGAAAUUGAGAACCAUGCAAUUGUGACAGAAGAACAAACAGAAGCAAUUGAGCAAUCAAGUCCAGAAAAGCAAAUGAAGGGGAGAUCUGAAGAGAAAGAUGCCAUCACUCCAACCAUGAAAGCAAAUGAAGGGGACAUUACUACAAGUGAUAAUUCAGUUGAAAAGUUAGAAGAACAUAAGGCAAUCGAUCAAAAUGUUGCUGAGGAGUCCGGCCAAGUUUCAAUAGAAGAGGAAGUAGCAGAUUACAGCCCUAAGGGAGAAAGCCUCCAAAAAGAUUUGAAUCCAGAAGCGUAUCCAGGAAUAAAGAUGGCAAGUAAUACCGAGGUUAUUACGGAGCCUGAUGACUCAACACCAAAGGAAAUAACAAGUUACUGCACUGCGGAAGAAAAUGAGGAAAAGAAACAAGAUCAGUCAAAAGAACAAGAAGAUCUAGAAGUAAAGAAGCCAGAUGAAAUCACAAACUGUGCUGAUGGCAUUACAAAGACAGAAGAACCUGAAAUGAUCAAUGCCACUGAAAAAUUCCUCCAUGAAGAAGAAGUUGCUGAAAUAGCAGAUGAUCCAGUAACAAUAGCAGAGCAAGUAGUACAUAACAGCUUUCCUGAAGAAGAAAAGGAGGAAAAGAAUGUCUAUGAAACAAACAAGAUUGAUGAAUUGAAACCAGCAGAAGAAAUGUCUGAGAUCAGGAACGAUCCAAGUCACAGUACAGAGAUAAGAUUAGAAGGCAAGGUCACUGAACUACCCCAUCAAGUUUCAGCUGCAGAAGAAACGGAAGACCAUUUCCAAGAAGCAAAUGCAAAGAGCUUCGGUGAUGGAUCCAUAGAUGAGCCAAAGCUAGAGUUUGAAGGACCUGAGACCGGUUUUAUCAAUGAAAAUGUGGACAAGGCUGAAGUGGAACCUCCUCACCCUCAAGAUUCAAUUGUAGAGGUAAUUGAUGAUAAUCCUGGAGUAGAGGUCAAGGCAACCCCAAUCACCAAUCAGCAACUAAUACAAAUGGAUUCAGGAGUAACUGCUACUGAAACAUGUGAGAGCAUAAGCAAUGCAAGCGAAAGUACAAUGGUUGAUAUCGGUCUCAAUUCCAAUGAAGAGAUAAAAGAGGAAAUGAUUGUUGAAGGGCCAUCCCAAGUUUCAACUGAGGAAAUACCAUCUGAAGAAGAAGACACCACAACCAGGGAUGCUUCAGAGACAGAAAUAGAUAAAGAAAUGAUACAAGAAAUAUCUAAGACCACAAAGUCUGACGAACAGGAAACUGCAGAAGCAGCUGAGAUGUUAAACACGGAAAUGGAAAAUCAAGGCAAGGAUAUAGAGAAAUCUGUCGCAGAGGAAUCAUUAACAUGUAACCCUGCAGAAGAAGGAAACGACGAAAGGAAUGCCAAUAAUAUAACAAAAUGUGAUCUUAAGCCUACAGUAGAUCCUGAAGUAAAACUAGAUGAAAUAUCCGAGAUUACAAAGAAUGCAAGUCCAAGUAUAAAGCUUGAAGAAACAGAUGUAAUUGUUGCCACUCCCAUAGAUCAAGAGCUUGAACAGCCUUGCCCGGUAUUAACUGCAGAGAAAACCAUGAAUUUCGCUCUUGCAGAAGGAAAGGAGGAGGAUUAUGUCUCCAUUUUAUCAAAGGAAAAUGACAUAAAGUCAGAAGUAUGUAGAGAAGUAGCAGAAGAUGAGAUAUCCAAAACGAUUAAUGGUGAAAGUGAAAGUGCAAAGAUGACAGAUGCCAAACAGAUGACAAGUGAAGACAAGUUCAUUAUCAGCGAAGAGCCACAACACCUUCCAGCUUCAGACGAAACAGCAAAAAGCCUCCAAGAAGAUGUGGAUACAAAGGUCAAUGAUGAGAUAGUCAUAGAUGAGUUAAGCCAACAGGUAGAACCAGAAGUUGGGGCAAAUGAAAUGCCCGAGACUGCCCAUUUUGGAAGUGAAAGUACAAAGGUUGAAGGGGACAACAAAAUUUUUGGCGGGCCUCCUCAAUUUUCAGAUCCCGAGGAAAUCUCAAAUUCUAAUCCUGGAAAAGAAUGCGAAGAAAGGGAUGUCAAUGAUACAACCUUGGACAAGUUGGAGCAAGAAAAGGUAAACAUUGAAAUAUCCAAAGUUGAAGAAACAGACACGAUUGAAGCCACUCAAAGUUUGAAAGACCAUGUUGAUGAAGAACCUGGCUCCCCUUUAACAGUAGAGAAAACUGUAAAUUAUACCUCUGCAGAAGAACAAAAGGAGGGGGGAGAUAUCACAAAUUCAACACAAGCAGAUGAGGUAAAGUCAGAAGUACUUGCAGAAGUGGUGCAGAGUGAGAUAUCCAAGACGAUCAACAAUGAAUCCCCAGUUACAAAGAUGACAAGUGAAGGCGAGGCUAUAACCAUUGAAGGGAAUCAUGAAGCUCCAAUGUCAGAAGAAAUAGUAAACAAUAGUCUUCCAGAAGAAGAAGGGAGAAAUGUCAACGGUACAACUUCAACUAUAGAUGAGUUAGAUCAAAAGCAAGAUGCCCCUAAAGAAGGAAUUGAGGUUGUAGAACGGUCUCCUCAAUCUCCGAAUAAAGAGGAAGUGGUGAAUGAUGAACCCAAAGUAGAAAAAAAGGAGGAACAGAAUGCCAAUGAUGGAACCACUUUAGCUGAAUUACAGCCAGAAGUGAGGCCCAACGGAACAACUGACAUCAUAAAUAAUGCGAAUGAAAGACCAAAGCCGGAAGAAUUUGAAACGAAUGAUUUAAAGUCAUCAGAAGAGACAGGAGUCAACCCUGAUGAAAAAGAAUCGACAGGAAGGUUAGAAGAACACCAUGUGUCAGAAACUGAGCCAGUAUAUGAAGCCAAUGAAGAUUGUCAACGCAGCAAUGACUUUAUCGAAGCAGAAACGAACCAUUCUGUAAGCAACUUGGACCGUUCAAUUUCCCAAGAAUUACCUCAUGAUGAAAAGGAAGAGCGCGAAGUUGUCACUGAAGGUAGAGACGGGACAAGUCUGGUCGAUGAGUCAAACAUGGAGACAGCAAAAGAAGAUGAUCUGCAGGAUCUUACAGAGGCCAAUGAUAACUCUGGGACCAUCCAUGUGCCAGUUGGGAGCGCCAUUGCAGAGUCAGAUGUGGAAGUUGCAGCAGUAGAGGAUUUAACAGGCACUCACACGAAGAUAGCAAGUCAAGAUGAAGAAGAUACAAUUGCUCAGAAAGGCUUAACUGGUGAGAAACUCCAGCCAGGAGUAGAACUUGAAGAUGCUUCCAAGGCUGGGACAAAACCUCUUAACAGCAUACCACAAGAAAGCAGUUUGAAUGAUGACAAGGGCAAUGAUGAAAUAGUUGAGGAACAAGGAAAGCUGUCAACGGAUACAAGUGAGAAAAAACUCCUCGAAGAUGAAAAUGAAGAUAAGAAGAAUCAGAAUCAGGAUCAAUACCCUUCUCUCAUUGUCGAACAGGACUCAGCAAUGGAGGUCCAUAGUGAACCAAAUCUCCUCAGUGAUAUUACAGAAACAGGAGACCAGAAUGAUAAUCCCAACAUGGAGACAGAACAGAAAGAUUAUCUUACAGAUUCUAAGGCCGCAAACAUGCCAUUUGAGAGCACCAUUACAACAGGCACCGAUGCCAAGAUUGCCAGACAAGAUGAAGUAAUGUUGAUACCAGAGAAAUGCCAAAGUGGAACUCCCCAGCCUAAAAUACAAGCAAUGGAACUUCAAGAUGCCUCCGAGUCUGUCGCUGUAGCAGUAAGCAGCUUCUCACAAGAAAGCAGUUUUGAAGAUGAGGAUGAAAAUAAAGUGGAGGAAAAAGCAAAGCUCUCAGAGCAGACAAGCGAAACAGAACUAAAUGAAUAUGAAGCCGACCAUAAGAAACUUCAUGAUCAGGAUGAAAACCAUUCUUCCCUCAUGGUGGAACAAGACUCACAAAAAGAAGUCCCAGGGGAACCAGACCUCCGCACCAAGAGUUAUACCAUGGAAAUGUUUCCAGGGAGCGAAAGCGAAGAAGUAAGGAAUCAGGUUGAUAAUUCAAGCAUGGAGAUGGGACAAAAGGAUGACCUGGCAAGUAUUCCAAAAUCAGAGGCCACCGACAUGCCAUUUGAAAGCACCAUGUCAAAGUCAGAUUCGGGGAUUAUGACAAAAGAAGAUCCCACAACAGGCUUUGAUACGAAGGUUGCAAAUCAACAUGAUGCUGAAAAUCUCCAGAUAGGAUCAAAAGAGUUCGAGGCUGAAGAUGCAUGCAAGGCUCAAGCAGAAGCAGCAAGCAGCAUACCACAAGAAAGCGGCUUCCUAGGUGACAAAAAGGAACAAAUGGUUGAGGUAAGUGUGAGUUCAUUUCCAAUAACAGACUUUAAAGAUUCUAAUAAAACCAAAAGAGAAACUGAAAGCUCUACGCAGGAACAGAUAAAGCUCGCAAAGCAGGCAAGCACGACAAAGCUAAACGAAGACAAAAAUAACACACACACGUUUCAGGAUCAGAGUGAUCAUCAAUCUUCCCUCACGACUGAUUGUGAACCAAGAGAAACAGCAGAAGAAAAAGGGGAUCCCGAAACGGAGGAGCCAUCUGUGCCUUCACUCCAUGAUCUUCUCCAAAAGUCCAGGAAUGCAAACUCCAAAAUUGCUGAAGAAAUUAAGACUGAAAGCACACAAACAAUGCAAAACGAAGAGAUGAAGGUUGGAACAGCAGAAGGAGGAAGUUUAGGAUGCGAUGAACCAAAACCCGAGGAACACAAAGAUGAAGAAGUGGUUGAAGAAGAUACAAAAAGAGAUGCAGAGGCAGAGACAGAUUCCGGAGAAGAGAAUGUAGUGAUGGUAGAAGCCUCAAGAGAUGCUACAGAUGUUAAGGUUCCUCACAAGAAAUCUCAUAAUAUAUUGUCAGGCGUUGGUUCCAAAGUAAAGCACUCAAUUGCCAAGGUUAAGAAAGUCAUCACCGGAAAAUCUUCUUCGCCGAAGCCAUCUUCCCCUACUAAAUGA